UUCCAUGCAACAUUUACUCAGCCUUAGAUCAAUUAACCUUCUGCACCGACCUUCAAACCCAGAAUUUAUAGAGAAUGAACAGCUCAGAAGCAGGGUCAUCAUCAAAAGCAAGAGUAGGGGCACCCCAACACUACGACGGUUCAUUGAAACGCAAACGUGGAAUGUUUCAAAAAGACUUGCAACACAUGAUGUACGGUUUCGGAGAUGACCCCAACCCACUCCAAGAGACAAUGCUGCUUGUUGAGGACAUCGUUGCCGAGUAUGUCACAGAUAUGGUGCACAAAGCUGAAGACAUUGCGACGAAACGAGGGAGGCUUCUUGCAGAGGAUUUUCUCUUCUUAAUUCGCAAGGACUUGCCAAAGCUUAGCAGAUGCACUGAAUUGUUGUCGAUGAAUGAGGAGCUGAAACAGGCAAGGAAGGCUUUUGAGAUUGAGGAGGAGAAGCUCGCUUCCCUAGAGUAAUUUUAUUAUCAUUAUAAAGAUUUACAUAUUUUUUUAAAAUAAAAAAAUGGUGUUUUCUCAUUGAGUUUAUUUACAUCAUAUUUGGGAUGAGGGGGGAUGCAAAAAUUUGAGAUUGCCUUCAUUUAUUUUUGUUCUGAAUCUUGUGAAUUUAAACAUUGUUGUUUAUGACUACAAGGCCAUUCAAUGUUCAAUCUGCUUUUAAUGUUGUUGCGUCGCCAUGUUUGCAGAGCAUUAACCGUUAAGAAUUAACAAAUCUCUACACUUCUU